CCUCACCCGCUCAUACUAGACCUGUUUGCUUUCAUGCCCCUGAGGCUGCACUGAGACUCCCUGAGGCAUGUUUGGCAACCCAACCUGACCUACCUGGCCCCCUUCCUCACCCCCCAGCCUCAUUUUGGAACAUAAAAGGAGCCGAUAUCCAAGCAGCUCCUCACUCUCCUCUUGAAGACACCAUACAGUCAUGACCUCCUACUCCAGCCGCAGCAACUACUCCAACAGCAGGAGCUCCAUGAUGAUGGGCCCCUCCAUCUCCUCCUCUUCCUCUCGCAGGCUGGGUAGCUCCGGGGCCGGCAGCGUGUACGGAGGAGCAGGAGGGUCAGGAGUGCGGGUCUCCCAGGCCUCCUACGCCUUCGGCUCCAGCCCCUCAGCCAGCGGCUCCAUGGACCUGGCCAGCUCAGUGGACAUCGCUGUCAGCGAGAAGGAGACCAUGCAGAACCUGAACGACCGUCUGUCUGUCUACCUGGAGAAGGUGCGUAGCCUGGAGAAGGCCAACGGAGACCUGGAGCUGAAGAUCAGAGAGUUCCUGGAGAGCAGAGCAGGCCCCAAGGUCCAUGACUACCGCAGCUUCAGCGUCCGCGUCAAAGACCUGCAGGGAAAGAUUCAGGUUUCUGCUCGCGGAAACGCUGCUCUCAUCCUCGCCAUUGACAACGCCAAGCUCGCCACAGACGACUUCAAAGUGAAGUUUGAGAACGAGCUGGCCAUGCGUCAGUCUGUUGAAGCUGACAUCAUGGGGCUGAAGAGGGUCCGUGAUGAGCUGGCUCAUAGCCGGACCGACCUAGAGAUGCAGGUGGAGGGUCUGAGGGAGGAGCUGCUCCAGCUGAAGAGGAACCACGAGGAGGACCUGCUGGCUCUGAGGAGUCAGGUGAGCUGCCAGGUGAACGUGGAGGUGGACGCUGCACCUCAGGAGGACCUGGCUGUUGUCAUGGAAGGAAUCAGACAACACUACGAGAACGCCGCCUCCAAGAACCGCAAAGACCUGGAGACCUGGUUCCAAGCCAAGACGGCUGAGCUGACCAAAGAGGUGGCAGUGAGUAGCGAGACGUUGACAUCAUCAAAGAGUGAGAUCAGUGAAGUCAGAAGAAUGCUUCAGACUCUUGAGAUCAAACUGCAGGCUCAGAUCAGCAAGAAAAGAGCUCUUGAUGCGAGUCUGGAGGAGACCAGGAGCCGCUACGCUAACAUGCUAUCCGGAUACCAGAAGCAAGUGGUGAAUCUGGAGGACCAGCUGGCUCAGCUGAGGGGCGACUUGGAGAACCAGAAGGUCCUGUUUGUGGACCUGCUGGACAUCAAGACCAGACUGGAGCUGGAGAUUGCCGAAUACAGGAGGCUGCUGGAGGGAGAGGCCGAGAGUAACACCACCACCACCACCAAGACCACCCGUGUUGUAACCAUCGUGCAGGAGGUGGAUUCUUCAGGAAACAUCGUGAGCUCCAACACCAGUGCGGAUGAGAAGAAAACCAUCACAGAGACAUCAACCAACUAGAGAUUUUCCUAAACACGUUUUUACUUCCUGGUACCAAUUUUCAGACUUGGACUUUGCCAUCAUCAUAUGUCAAGUAUCCCUCUGAGACUAGCAGGAUUUACAAUAAUAACUUGCUGUUACAAUACUGAAGCAAAGGCUUAUGCCAGAGCAACUCUCCUGUGAAAUGUCUGAAAUUCUUUAAUAAAGCUGAAUUUUGGCAUCAUGA